UCCAAAUAGUCAAAAAGUAACAAUCCUUAACUACAUUGGAUUCCAACUUGAUUGAGAUCUCAAUUUUUGAUCACUCAAUGUACUACUACAUAUGUUAAUUUCUAGCCCAGGUCAUGUGGCUUGAGCCAAAAUGUCCAAUCCACUUGACACGUUGGAAGCCACAUGUACUGGGCUAGUGCGCAGAAUGGUUCGCCUCCCACGAACCAUUUCACGAGCAGUAGACCAAGGACUAAACAUCAUGAAAGCUGAAGAAAGGAGAACAAACAGCCACCAUUUCCAGCCACCAAAUGUGCCUUUCCAACAGAACCACCACCAGCCUCUAUACCAGCCCUUUCCACAACAUUUUCAACCGGAUUUGGGGUUUCUAGCCGGUUUUGAGCAACAAUAUGGGCUUGUGCACCCAUUUUUUUACUCGUGUAGGUUCAUAGAGGUUCUAAAGAUGUCUCAAAAUGAACACAAGUUAGUGUUCUUGUACUUGCACUCACCUGACCACCCUUUUACACCACCUUUUUGUAAGAAUACUUUGUGUUCUGAGGUGGUCGUUGAGUUUCUUGAUGCAAACUUUGUGUCAUGGGGCGGCCUUGCUGAUAGAAGUGAGGGCUUGCAUCUGGCCACGACAUUUAGACCAGCCAGUUUUCCAUUUUGUGCAAUUGUGGCCCCUAGUCUAGAUGACAAUUUAGACGUCUUACAACAAAUGGAAGGGCCAGUGACCUCCGAGGAAAUAGUUGAGGCACUACAGACAACACUGGAGGAACAUGGACUGGCAUUCGGUAACACAAGGGCAAAAGAAGAAGAAAAGAGAAGGGCUGAUAUUCGGUUGAGACAAGAACAAGACGCCGCUUAUUCUGCAUCUCUCCAAGCCGAUCAGGAGAAAGAGAAAAAACUAGAAAAGAAACAAAAGAAACCUCAACAUAUUGCCAAUGCUAAAAAUGCCAAGAUACUACUAAGAUUUCCAAAUGGAGAUAGGAAAGAACAAAUUUUCUCGUGCAUCGAAAAAAUUGAAGCCAUUUACAAGUUCAUUGAUUCACUAGGCAUCCCAGGAGUAGGUAGAAACUACAAACUUGUAUCAAGUUUUCCUAGAAAAGUUUAUGGCGUUGAUCAUAUGGGAAUAACUCUCAAUGAUGCUGGAUUUUACCCUGAAAUAACUCUAUAUAUUGAGCUUGAUUAGAUUUAUGAUCCAGUAUUGUAGUGAACGAAUUAAGGUUCUAGUAUUUAUCUUGAAAUAAUGUCGCAUUAGCGCUACUAAUUAGCCUAGCACUAUUCAAGGCUAUGCAACAUGAUUAGCAUUAUUAGUAUAGGUUUGUUUUUAAGCCGUUGUCGUAGCACAUUCGAGGCAACGUGUGCAACUAUUAGGAUCUUAUGAGUUCAGAUCUUAUACAGUAACAUGUAUUGAAAACACGAAUGUAUAAAGAACUAGUGGUGUGAUA